CGUUACACUGCAAAAAAUAACAUUCUUUGGAACUGGCAAGACUGGGUAAACACCGCAACCAGCUUGCCCACUGGAGUAGCGGUUUAUUCGAAAAUUAAGACGAAUUAGUUAUUUUUUACUGGAAUGUCAAGCAUAGAAAACAGUUUCAAAAAUUACAUUUCAUUGACUUUGUAACGGUACCAGCCCGUUUAUGUUCCAACAGUUGCGUCUCACUUUCGUACCAAAAUUAAUGUGAGAAUUAUCUAUCAGUAUUAUGGUGUUCCGCCCCUUUUACUGUUGAAACUAUUCGCAGAGUCACCCAAGUGAGGGCUUUUGAACUUCCGUGUAAUAAUUGUGAAAAAUGAUACCUUUUGAGUGUGAUAAAUAAAAUUCUUUCAAACACGACAAGACUACUCAAACUACGCAGAAAGCUUAACCGCUGAGGUUGCGUUGUUUUUUUAUAGUUAAGAAGAAUUACUCAGUAUUCACUGUGGUAUCAGUCCACGCCUGUGACGCGCGCUGAAGAACUAUGCAACAUGGCAUCAUGCCGAAAAUAUGUGGGUUCAUAACAACAAGUUUAAUAGGUGUAAUAAAAUUUCAUUGCCUUUGAUGCUUUCUCUUCUUCACACGAAUUUUCAUUCAUCUCGGAGAACUAUGAUUGCUGGAGGACAUUAUGUUCAUAUUAUUAAUAUUAGAAAACUUUAUGUGGCCAUUUUAACAUUUGUUACUCUUACAACUUACAACUAUUAUAUGUGCACAAUUGAUUACGAGAUUAAAGACUUGUUUCGACAGUGAUGUCAUGGCUUAAUAUGUCGCGUAAAUCUGGAGUCUGGAAUUGUGAAAAACUGUGGGCAUAGUUUCUAAAUAUUUAAGGAAAAGAUUUGUUUUCAGAUUUUUUAAAGCGGCAUCUGAUUAACAGCAUUUCUCGAUAAAAAAACAAAUAUAUCACGCGAUAAACUUUCUCACAAAGUAUCAAUUUAUCACAAUGUUGUCUUGUGUUCCAAUAUUUACAGUCACAUCGCAAGUAUAUACUCUAAAACCAAUAUUUGAUAAGACGUAACUGCUCUUAGAAUCAUAUACGCUGGACUUUUAAGUAUCAAGUAAAUUUGCUUUAGCCUUCACCUAUGAAUCCUCUAUUUUGUUAAAAAUUUUGUCCUUAUCCUUGAUCUCAGUAAGUCAUUGGCUUAAUAUUUGCAAUAUCUAUAUGAAAAAUUUCAGUGAGGUCAUGCUUACAAACUUCUCUUUGUAAACAAAAGCAUAGGUAACGUUUCCUUAAGAAGAAAAUACAAACAAAAAAAACAAAAAACAAACAUAGGAUUAGUAUAGAAUGUAACAUCAAAAUCAAAGAAGUAAAUAAAACCGAUAUGAACAAAUACUUCCUGCGACAAAAAAUGUAAAAAAAAAAGCACGACAAAGUAAUUUUUUAAACGAAAAAAAGGUACUGGAUUCUUUACUUAACUGGAAAUCUUUACUUAAAAAAAAUGAAGAUUAUGUUUUUAAAUUAUCUUCUCGGCAUUCUGUUCGUGUCGCAUUUGAGCUUUGGUAAAAUGAUAAAAGCCAGACUGCAUCGUGGUAUAAAUGAUUAUUUUAGUUCAAACGAAACUUUAGAUUGCAAAUAUUACAGCACACACACAAAACAUAAAGGAAACUGUCUGUGUAAUCCUUACCAGUCGUUUUAUGCAAAUAAAGACGGCGUCUUUCGAUGCUAUGAAGGUAUUGGAUGGAAUUUAGGUUGUAAGUGGACAUUCUCGCCGCCUACUAACGGAAUAAAAUUGAUGUCAGGUGCGGGUAACUUAGGUCAUCUUAACAUCACCUGUCAUCGCAAAAGUCGUUUAAGAGCAACUGUCUAUGAGCAAUGGGCAUCAUCAAAAUGGAAGAAUGCUGUAAAUAUAUCUAUUACACAUCAUAAGAAUUUUGGAUGGAAGGUACAGACAAGCACACCAGAGUACUUGAAAGGUCGACUCUUUAAAGUUGUAAUUAACGGUUGUGAAAGAGCACCGGAAGCAAGUGGAUGUGUUCUGUUCAAGAUAUCCGGCAGCAUACCUUGGCUAUUGCCUAACUACCCAUACACUACAAAGGAACCAAUGAAAACUGCUGAAAGUAAGAUCACAACUGUACCUUUAACGACAAAAAAAGUGACGACAAUAAAGAAACUAUCUUCAUCGACUUUGAAGACAGAAGAAAAUGCUUUUACAGAAAAUGAUAAGAAAAGUAAGACGGGUGUUGUAGCCAUCAUUUUGAUGUGUGUGGCACUCAUAAUCAUACUCGUAGUGGGUGUUUUGGUCUGGAGAAAAUACUCUGGAAAAUUAAAGAAAUUGUGUAAACCACGCCAGUUACCUGUGGACAACGAAAAUGACAACAGAAAUGUAUACGCUUCAAUGGCUAAUGACACUAUUGAUAAUCUGUAUGUCACAAUAGAUUCUAAUCCAGAAACAAAGCAAAGAAAUUUAUAUAGUGACUCAUCCUGUGAUGCGCCGUAUGAAACACCAGUAAUUACCACAGGGGCAAUCUACACACCACUAGAUAGAGCGACUUCGGAACCAUUAUACUUUGAAUGCGAGAAAGAAUAUGCGGACGUUGCAAACUUGACUGAAGAUCCAAUAUAUUUUGAGACUGAACCAGAGUCGUAAUGGAAUACUAAUUUUAGGUGCAGUGUUGCCCGUAAUUGACAUCGAAUAAAUAAAUAAAAAAUAAUCAAGUUUUUUCACAAAUAGAAGAUAUUAUUUGCUGCAUUUAAGCUCAAGUACUGGCUGUAUAGAGUGUGGACUCUGAUUGACUUAUAAAUAGAGAUCGCUAAAUGUUGCACAUUUUCAAAAUAAUUCCAGGAAA